AUGGCUUCCAACAACGGCGGCAAUUCAGAACGCGAUCUACUGGACCGCUUAAAUGCACUCAAGCCAGGCUCGGGCACCCAGAAUUUUGCGCCAAAGCAGGAUGUCCUAUCCGACAGGCUUCGCGCCCUGCGCAACCAGUCUUCUGAUGGCAGUUCAUCAUCUGCCGUCUUGAAGACUUCGGGUAGCACCGCAGAGAGCCAAGUUGGAAAGCAUACCAGCUCGUUGACGGCGGGAUCGCCCCUACCUCUGGGUUCUGCUCCAGUCGCAGCAGGGACGGAACCAGGGGAGGAUGAGGAGGAGGAGGAUGAUGAUGGUUUCAUGUCUGACCUUGGGGACGACGGGACGCUCGAAGACUACUUAGAAGACCUUGAGCUGGACCUCGAAGAGGGUAACGAUGAGGUAUCGAAUCAGCAGCCACCGUCGAAGCCUGCUGACGGCGAAGGUCACGCCGAGGACGACGCCAAGCGCAUAGCAGCUGUCCUGGCGCGUAUCGGAAAAGGCGGUUCUGCGUUACCGCCGAGCCCUUCGCCAGGAGCACACCAAGCACCAAGGCGGCUUGAUGUACAGGUUGGCAGUGCUGGUGAUGACUCGGAGGAUGACAAGAGGAACCAGGCCGAGGCGGAAAAUAUUGUCUCACAGGCAUUUGACGAAGCCAAAUUCGACAGGGAGAUUUCUACACCACUGGGCGAAAACAGCGAGGAGCAAAGGCCGCUUUCGUCGCAGCGGAGUUUAUCCACGUCACAUGAGCAGGAUGCAAGGCGGCCCGACGACAGACAGGCUUCUCCAUUGGACGACGCACCAACAGCUGCUAAAGAAUCCCUGUCACUGCCUGCAGUGCCCAACUCCCUGCCGGGCCCAGCACCAACCACCACUACGACGGCUACCCCUGUGACAACAGGCGACGAUUUCGAAUCCGACAUCAGCCGCAGGCUCGCAGCGCUCAGAGGUCUUGGCGGCUCCGGGAGCGGUGGCGACGGCGGCCUCGCCCUCCCCUCGGUGCCCUCAUUCCAACCAGCCGCCAACAACAACAACAACGAGUCCAGGGUAAAGAGCACAGGGGGUUACACCGACGAAGACGAGGAAGGCUGGUGCCUCAUCUGUCUCGAGGACGCCACCAGCAUCUGCGACGGCUGCGAUGGGGAUGUCUACUGCGAUGGUUGCUGGUGGGACAUGCACCUUGGCCCGGAGGCUGCCUUUGAUGGUAGUCAUAAGCGCUGGUUUUUUAUCAAGGAGAGGAGAAGGAGACGAGCGCUGCCUGCGGCCUAG